AUGCUACUUCCAGAGGUCGCCGAGAGCUUUCAACGUGAGGGUAUUACUGCCCUUAUUUACGAUCCACGAAGCAUUGGACUCAGUGACGGUUUUCCACGCAACGAGAUAGAUCCAAUGAAGCAGGUUGAAGACUAUUCUGAUGCUUUGACGUUCCUAUCAAAGCAUCCGCUGGUCGACGCUUCUCGAAUUGCGUUCUGGGGAAUGUCCUUCUCUGGAUCUGUCGCCGCGUGCGCCGCCGCUCUCGAUAAGCGCGCAAAGCUCGUCAUCAUGGUCUGCCCGUUCGUUAAAUUCUACACAGACGAGAAGAGGUCCAAAGUGCUAGCCAAGGCCAUGGCAGACCGUGCUUCUCAGGCCAAGGGCAACGAUCCCUUUUCUGUAGUCCCUUUCAACUCUAAUGGGGACAAUCCGGCCGGCAUGGCUGCUGGCGGCGGACUAGAAGCUUAUGAGUUCAUGACGAACGUAAAGAACCGCGGAGCUCCAAAUUUCGAGAAUCGAACAACCAUUCAAAGCUACUACAAGAUCGCCAUGUGGCAACCAUGGGGUUUGAUGCAAUGCAUUAAUCCAACACCCGUCAUGAUGCUCAUCCCCGAGAACGAUGCUAUCUCGAACCCGGACGAUCAAAGGCGGGUCUUCGACAAUUUCGAGGGCCCAAAGCGACUUUGCAAGGCUCCCGAGAAGGGUCAUCUUGACAUUCUCAGUGGAGAUCGUUCCCAUGAAUUGAUGGGGCAACAAGUAGAGUUUAUGAAUGAUGUCUUCGGACGGUAUUGA